AUGCGAGCAAUUAGAUCUUCAAAUCUGCUUAUAAUAGCAUGGCUAUUUGCCUUGAAGCUUUCUAUCGCACAAGCAUGGUCUCCAUCCAAUGGUUACAAGCCUUCCAAAGUUGAUUGUGAUGACAAUAUUAAUUUAGUCAGAGAUGCUAGCUCUGUCUCUGAUAAUGAAUCGGACUGGCUGAAAAAGAGAAACCAAGUAACCCUUCCAGCUUUGAAGGACUUCUUGAAGCGUGGUUUUAAGAACUUCACUAGUGACACUUCGCUAAUUGAUAACCUGUUAUCAGAUGAAAGCAAAGCACCUAAGAUUGCAGUUGCAUGCUCUGGUGGUGGUUACAGAGCCAUGUUGAGUGGUGCAGGUAUGUUGUCUGCAAUGGAUAACAGAACUGAUGGUGCUAACGAACACGGUCUAGGUGGUUUAUUACAAAGUGCUACGUACUUGGCUGGUUUGUCUGGUGGUAACUGGCUUGUCGGUACUUUGGCAUACAACAACUGGACGUCAGUUCAAGCCAUCGUUAACAAUAUGACUCAAGAUGACAGUAUUUGGGAUAUCAGUCACUCGAUUGUCACUCCUGGUGGAUUCAACAUUUUUGAAUCAAUUUCUCGUUGGGACGAUAUAUCAGAUGCUGUUGAAGACAAGAAGGAUGCCGGCUAUAACACUUCCAUCACCGAUAUCUGGGGUCGUGCCUUAUCUUACGGCUUCUUCCCAUCUUUGAAAGAUGGUGGUGUCGGAUACACUAUCGAUUCGUUAAGGGACUCUGAUGUCUUUAAGAAUGCUGAAAUGCCUUUCCCUAUCUCUUUGGCCGUUGGUAGAUAUCCUGGUACAUCCGUUAUUAACUUGAACGCCACCAACUUUGAGUUCAACCCAUUCGAAAUGGGUUCCUGGGAUUACACUUUGCACUCUUUUACAGAUAUCAAGUAUGUUGGUACUAAUGUCAGCAAUGGUAGACCAAAAGAGAAGGGUCAAUGUGUUGCAGGUUACGACAAUACCGGUUUUGUAUUGGGUACCUCAUCUUCUUUGUUCAACCAAUUCUUGUUGCAACUUAACACCACAAAAUUGCCAAAGUUCUUGUUUAACAUGAUUCAAGAUUUCUUGACUGAUCUCUCUGAAGACUCUGAUGAUAUUUCCAUUUGGGCACCAAAUCCUUUCAGAGAUGUUAAAAAUAUUCCAGCAAACUAUUCACAAUCCAUUAGUGAAGGAGACACGUUGUAUUUGGUUGAUGGUGGUGAAGACGGACAGAAUAUUCCAUUGUCCCCAUUAUUGCAGACUGAACGUGACGUUGAUGUCAUCUUCGCAUUGGAUAACAGUGCAGACACAGAAGAAUUUUGGCCAAAUGGGUUCUCUUUGACCCAAACCUAUGAACGUCAAUUUGGUAUGCAAGGUAAAGGUAUUGCAUUCCCUUACGUUCCUGACAAUAAUACAUUUGUUAACCUAGGAUUAAACAAAAGACCAACUUUCUUUGGUUGUGAUGCUAAAAACUUGACAAACCUUGAGUUUAUUCCACCUUUAAUUGUGUAUAUGCCAAACACAAGGGAAUCUUACAACAGUAAUACUUCCACUUUCAAGAUGUCUUACUCUACCUCGGAACGUUUGCAUAUGAUCAAAAAUGGUUUCGAAGCGGUGACCAGGAAUAACUUCACCCAAGACAGUAAUUUCAUGGGCUGUGUCUCAUGUGCUAUUUUGAGACGUAAGCAAGAAUCUUCGAACCAAACGCUUCCUGACGGAUGUAACGCUUGUUUCAAGCAAUAUUGUUGGGAUGGUACCGUCAACUCUACUACCCCAGAGAAGUCCUCGACUGCUGGUAGUUCUUCUCAAAGUGCGUCUGCGUCUGCAUCUGCUGCAUCCAGCCAAUCUACUUCAACUUCAAGUUCGACAAAAAAGAAUGAUGGUCCAAUCAACGAUCCAAAAUCUGCGCUGUCGUUACUGAUUGGUGGGAUUGCUACUGCGCUAAUGACUAUUUAA